ACCUCACUCAUUUAUCAAUCCGGCGGGUAUACCGGUACAUUAAAAGCUUACCGGUACUCGAAAAACAAAUCACACGAAAACUCACUCCGAACGGAGGUUUAAGCCGGUGCAAUCCGGGACACCGUUGAGUAAGUUUCAUAGUAAAACAAAAAUCUGACUCUUCUCCCUCCGCCGAAACAUAAGAUAUGACUCUAGCCUCACUUCAUGAGCCCUCCAAAUCCUUGGCAAUUCCGACUCAUAUCUUAGGAAUGAAGUAUCAUAUAAUACAAGCACCGUAGCGAUACCAAUAUCGCAAAAACAUUUAAACCAGUCCCGCAGAAUAGCAUCUCGGUCCCUUGAUCGGGAGCUCACAAGUGUGCACCUCUAAGCCCCGCGUUGGUCUUUACACUUUCUCUCCCUUCUGAUACUUCCCCCCCUCGUCCACUACGAGUAAUAUCUGGCUUGGCAUCGGUAGGGUUUCCGAAAUUUCUUUUCAAUCACAAGGAAAAAAGCCCCACCACACAACGAGCCCCGCACCUUACAAACCUUUCCCCCCUACUCUACACUACUGCAGAGCAAUUUUUCAUCGCCAUCUCUGCUCGCUACAAACGCCAACCAAUUAAUCCACCAAACCUAUUUCCCACGAAGCAGGACUGAUUAAAACAGAAAAUGGCUGUCAGAGCUCAGGUUCGACCAUACACACAUACCCCCGACGUGCAUAGAAUUACUCAGAUAAACACAUUGCUAAUUAUGCGGUGAUAUCUUCAGUUCGAAAAUUCCAAUGAGUAUGAUCUACCUUCCGCGCCGCCGUUUCCCCAAUAGUCCCCUGAGCAGAGUGGGGGGGGAGAUAUAGGAUAUAAACCGCCGAUAAACUGAUGAACAGAAUAGAGUCGGUGUUUUUGCCACAUUGACGAACUCAUAUGCACUUGUCGCCACUGGUGGUUCCAUGAACUUUUAUAGGUCCGUUCUUACCGAUUGAGAGAGUAGUGGGAGCAAAACAAACUGACGGGCACAAUCUGGACAGCAUUUUUGAAGCCGAGCUUGCGGACGUUAUUCCAAUUUGCCAUACCACGAUCGCCGGUACUAGAAUUGUUGGAAGGUUGACCGCCGGGUAUGUGAGAUAUAUACUGAUAGAUCGGCGGGGAUACGGAUUGGAAUGUGAGCCGAGCGGCGACAGGACUGGGCUGACAAGGAGCAUUUGGCUUAGGAAUCGGAACGGAUUGUUACUUCCGACAUCGACAACAGAUCAGGAAUUACAACAUCUUAGAAAUUCCAUUCCAGAAACUGUCAAAAUCCAAAGAAUUGAGGAGCGGCUAUCAGCACUUGGUAACGUAAUUUGUGCUAACGAUCAUGUCGCUUUGGUCGGUUUUAUCCUGCGGGCUUGGUAGCUGUGAGAGUCGGUGGGCUAACGAGGGAUGGGCUGUGAUCGGGGAUUGAAGGUUCAUCCUGAUAUAGAACGCGAAACAGAGGAGAUUGUCGCAGAUGUUUUAGGGGUUGAAGUCUUCAGGCAAACUAUCUCCGGUACUAUUCCUCCCGCUAUUUUCCCGCCCCUACCUGCAGUACAUGGGCUGCCCCCAACGCUUAUCACUGCUUGCGCGUAGAGAAUGUCCUCGUAGGGUCCUACUGCUCGCUUUCGAAUCAAGGCGGAAUCGUGCACCCAAAGACGUCAAUACAAGAUCAGGACGAACUUUCUUCGCUUCUGCAGGUCCCGCUUGUUGCCGGCAGCGUUAAUCGUGGAUCGCCGGUAGUGGGUGCGGGUAUGGUCGUUAAUGAUUGGAUGGCAGUCACUGGUCUGUCCCCCCGGGAGCGGAGUGGGUUGGGAGCAUUAAGGGCUAACCUUGGCCGACAGGUCUUGAUACCACUGCCACGGAGCUUUCGGUCGUGGAGAGCGUAUUCAAGUUAGGAGAGGGAAUGGGCCCGAGCAACCUCGCAGGAGAGUUGAGAAGUUCUCUAGUAGAGACAUGGUACUAAGUGCGGUGAUGAUAGUGUGAGUAUCCCCCAUCCCCUAAAACACCCUGGGGGGAGAUUUCCCAUAUGCGGGGGGGACAAAAGAGCUCACUCCUAGAUAUCAAUUAGUACUUACUUUUCGCUCCCAAUUUCUCCCUUCCAUGCCAUCGAAUGGCUUCUUUUCAAAGCACUCAUAUCGCCAUAAAAUCAAUGGGGCAAUUUAGCUCCUCGGGUUAAUCAUAUUAGUUUGAUUCUUCCCGUGUGAUUUUUCCAAUAUUUUUUCUAUCUUUCUUUCUCCCUCCUUUUUACUUUACAGUUAUCACAGGGCCCAGCCCUUUACCAUCUGUAUUUUUUUUUGAAGGGGCUCCUAUUUCUUCUUUUUACAGGUGCAAAUGGUGCAUUUCAACGUUGGUUUACCUUAUAGAGAAACGUAAUGAAAGUCCUUAUUUCAUGCAGAUCCCUCGACGGGAGCCGAUUCAACACCUUCAGCUUGCUUUUUCAUUUACCUCCUCAUGCCUUCCAGUUUCAGCCCUCGUCACGGUACAUUCGGUGAUCGUGAGGUUUGAACCAACAGUGGGGAAUCAUACGGUAUAAGAUGGCUCUGCCGGCAUUGAAUCGGUGAGCGGCAGCCUGUCAAAAGGGUACUCACACGGGACAAAAAGAGCUGAGCGCUGCCCCGCCUCCAUGUCUGCUAUGGCCCGAAGUCGCUCGCUGGAUAUUCUUUCCCUUGUCUCUUGUACCUUCGGCAUGUACGAGUAUGAGUACAGUACAAUGCUCAGGCUACGAUGUCAGCACAUUUCGUGGGACAUGAUAUUUGGCCCUAUGGUCAAAAUCAUGGCAAAAUGUUGGGACUUUAGUGUUUCCUUCUCCUCACUCCAGGGGGCCCUCCUCCCCUCGAGGAUCAGUGGACCGUUUGUCAGCCGGUAAUGUGGGUGCACCCUGACGUUUCUCCUUUGCUCGAUCGAGGCAUUCCCCGCAAUUGGCUCUUUUCUUUUUCUUUUUUCUUUUUCCUGUUUUCCUUUUCCUUUUCCUCGCUUUCCGCAAGGCGCUAGAUUGGGGGAGCGUGGGAGUAUCCCAAUGGUUUGUUCCUUUCUUCCUUUCCAGAAAGUUGGAGGCAUUUUACUCGGUGUAGUGAUAUCACCUCACCAGGCUUUUGAUACUGACGGCUGUUUGAAGCUUCUCCAUUAGUUGGGAACGUUGAGGUGCUUCGUUUUUUUUCUUUUCAGUUUGUCAGACAACGGCCAAGCAAUGCUUUACAAGUUACCGCACAGAUACAGUAACCAUACCGAAUUUUUGUCUCCUCCCUCUUCAUCGUCAUCGUUAAGUUGGUAAUGCGGCCUCGACAGGGAUCGCCCGUAUGCGUCAGGUUAAUCAUAAACAAGUGCUUCGGUGAGCUUGGGCAAUUUCAACCGACUAGGAAAGUGUGAGAAGAAGAAAAUAGAGGAGGCUUGGAAUAUGGCAUACGCAUGCUUGUAUGUACUUCGCUCGUACAUAUAGUAAUGAAGUGGUAUGAGGAGGGGUUGGGAUGUGUUUUUUUCCUCUUGCCGACAACAAACUGACGGCAAUAGGACUUAAGUGUUAUGCUUGUGGUUAUUUAUGACACCGCACAUAUUGUACGAGAUUCGAGCUGCGGGUUCUCUUUGAGGCGAGAAUCAAAAGAACAUCGUGGGAAAGAAGCUUUCGCUAGAGUGAUUAUCCGCUCCAGUAUCGUUGGCACGACAUGACAUGACAUGACAUGACGAGGUUGGGGAUCCUGUAUUGAAUUCCCCUUUUCUCCCUACCUCCUGACCUAACCCACCUCGCCAAGGGCUUCAAACAUGGCAGGGGUUCGGUAAAACCCAAAAGUUUAUUCGCAGCGGGGAGAGAGGGAGGGCCCGAGCUCUUCCCGUCACACACAUCUUCAACCCCAUAGUGGGUGGUAA